AUGUCACAAUCCCUAAUGCGAGCGCCGGGUGAUAUUGUCAACGAAGUUUAUUCUCAAAAUAUUCCAUCUAUUACUAAAAUGUGUCAUGAUGCCGGUGAUGAUCCAAGUCCUUUUAUUGAAGAAGCUAAACGUGAACUUCAAAAAAUGGUUACAGAAAUGAUAGCUGAAGAUGAUGCUUUACUUGAACGUAAACUUGCCGAACUUGUACCCAUCCGUGCACGUUUUGAAUCACUCUAUCAUGAAUUACAUCCAGAUAAAACAUGUCCACAAUAUGGCAAUACUUUACCUGUUCUUCAUGCUUUGCGUAUGUAUGUUGAUGAACAUAGAAAAUUAAAAGAAGAACAUGAAAAAUUACUUCAACGUGAACCAGAUAUUCGUCGAGAAGAGAGACAAUUAUGUAAUGAAUUAAAUGAACGCACAUUACAAAUAGAUAAUUCAAAUUUUAAUUCCAAACAAUUAGUAACACAAAUAAGUCUCUUAUCAGAACAUAUUACUGAAUUACGUGAAGAAAAAACAAAACGUACUAAUCAUCUAUCUGAAAUAAUUCGAAUAUUACAUGAAUAUGAAGAGAUUUAUGGAUGGAAAAGACCAUCAAUUGAAACUAUGGUUGGACGAUUAUUAGCACUCGGCCUAAUUCAAAUUGAUCAGUAUACAUUAACAAAAGAAGCUUUAGAACUUGUUGAUAAAGAAUUCACUGAAAUCACUGCGCAAGUUCAAAAAGCUGAAGCUUGUUUUGAACAAUCACAUAAGAAAUUAUUAACCUUAAUGAGAAAACACCAGUCAUUAAUUCCAAAUGCAAAAGCUGUAGCCGUAACAACUACUAAACAAUGUCGAAUCUCAAAAUUACCUGAUCUUAUCUCAGAAGUUGAUCGAUAUACAGAACAUGCAAUGGAAAAAUUAACAAAUGAUAUAUUAAAAGCACGUGAACGAAUUCAUGUUAUACUUAAUAAACUUUCAGUUGGUGAUAUAACUAAUAAUUCGAAAUAUGCAAUUCUAUUUACUAGUAACUAUCGAUAUUAUUUAUAUUGUAAAUCAAAAGAUUGCUUUUUAAUUAUUCUAGAUGAUUUUACAGAAGAUGUAUAUUUCAUGCAUGAAGAACUUGUACAAGAAUUAGAAGCUCAAUAUGAAGUUAACAGAUCGAUGUAUGAACAAAUUGAAACUUGGAACGAACUGUUUCUUGAAUUUCAAGAAUAUGAGAAAAAUGCAAGUGAUCCACAGCGUUUUCAUCGGCGAGGUUAUAGUGCUCUUGCAGAAGAAAGAACUCGUAAAAAGUUAGAAGCAUCAUUACGAGAAUGUGAAUUACUUCUUCGCAAACUUGCCAAUGAAUUUAUAGAAAAAAAUAAUGGGCAACCAUUUAUAAUGAGUGCUAAUGGUAAAGAAAUUGUAGAUUAUAUUGCACAAAGAAAAGAUGAUUAUGUCAAAGCAAAAGAACGAGAACGAGAAGCAUCAAAGGCUGCACAUCAAACAUCCGCAGGCACAAUCGUUCAACGAACACCAUUAAAAACAAAACAAAUCACUGGUACAACGCCAGGUGCUCUUUUGAAACGCUCUGAUCAAAGUGCAAAUAUUCGUACACCAUUAGCAACAUCUCGUCGUGUCGGUAUUCCACACUUACCUACAGGUAAAACGCCAUUAAAUAGUUCAACAAUGAAAACGCGAACUCAACAAAAACAAGUACAAACAACAAAACGUAUUAAUAUGGAUGCAACACCAUCAACAAUAGUUACACCUGUUAAACAACGUCGUCUUAUCGAUCAAAUUGUAAACACAACGGAAAAUACUUCUACAAAUAGUUUAGCAAUAGAAAAUAUAUCUAUGGGUUUGAAGUCUUCUAUGGUGACGACACCAUCGGGAAAACGACCAUUAUUCAAACGAGCCAUUCCAACUCCUAAUCCUUCUAAAAAAUAA